ACGUAACGGGACAUGCCUGAAUCUGACAGGCCUGAGCGCAGAGGAGGGGCGGGAGACACAGCGGCUUUUUGCUAUAGGAGGCAGCAGGACCACCGUAACCCAGCACCGAUUACUCCUGCACAGCCAAGAAACAGAUUUUUGAGCAGCAGUGACACCGGAGACAGACAUGGUGUUCAGAGGUACAAUAUCUGAUGCUCCGGACUUUGAUCCCAGCAUUGAUGCUGAGAUUCUGUACAAUGCCAUGAAAGGCAUUGGUAGUGACAAAGAAACAAUCUUGGACCUGAUCACCUCUCGGAGUAACGCACAGAGGCAAGAAGUCAUCGCAGCGUACAAAUGCAACUUUGGGCAGGAUCUGAUUGAAGAUCUGAAAUAUGAGCUCACUGGAAAAUUUGAGCGUCUCAUCGUGAGUCUGAUGAGAACCCCUCCGUACCAUGAUGCUAAAGAAAUCCAUGAUGCAGUCAAAGGAGCCGGAACAAACGAAAGAUGCCUGAUAGAAGUCCUGGCGUCCAGAAAUAACAAACAGAUACAAGAUAUGGUUGCGGCCUACAAGGAUGCCUAUGGCAGGGACAUAGAGGAGGAUGUUAUUGCUGACACAUCGGGUCAUUUUAAGAAGAUGCUGGUUGUUAUGCUUCAGGGGACCAGAGAUGAAUCAAGAGUGGUGGAUGCAGACCUGGUGCAGCAGGACGCACAAGACCUGUACGCUGCUGGAGAGGAGAAGUGGGGGACAGACGAAGCAACAUUCAUCAUGAUCCUAGGAAACCGCAGUGUGACCCACCUUCGCAUGGUUUUUGAUGAAUAUGAGAAGAUUGCAGAGAUGUCCAUCGAGGAUAGCAUUAAGAACGAGCUGUCUGGAGACUUUGAAAGGCUCAUGCUGGCUGUUGUCCAGUGCAUAAGGAGCGUUCCCAUGUUCUUUGCCAAACGUCUCUACAAAUCAAUGAAGGGCCUCGGCACAGCUGAUAAUACUCUCAUCCGCAUCAUGAUUUCUCGCUCUGAAAUUGACAUGCUGGACAUCCGGGAGUGUUUCCGUCUCAGAUACGAGAAGUCGCUUUAUAACAUGAUAAAGGACGAUACGUCAGGCGAUUACAAGAGGACUCUGCUUAACCUGUGUGGAGGGGAUGAUGACUUAGCUGGAGAGUUCUUCCCCGAAGCUGCUCAGAUAGCCUACAAGAUGUGGGAAUUAAGUGCCAUGACCAAAGUGCAGCUGAGGCCCACAGUCCGCCCUGCGGAUGAUUUCGACCCUGCAGCCGAUGCACAAGCUUUGAGGAAAGCUAUGAAGGGUUUUGGAACAGAUGAGGAUGCGAUCAUUGACAUCGUUGCACAAAGAAGCAACGUCCAGAGGCAGGAAAUCAGACAGGCCUUCAAAUCCCUACUGGGAAGGGACUUGAUGAAGGACCUGAAGUCUGAGCUGUCAAAGAACUUAGAGCGGCUGAUUAUUGGGCUCAUGCUGACCCCAGCAGAGUUUGAUGCCAAAAUGAUGAAAAAGGCAAUGGAGGGAGCUGGGACAGAUGAGCAUGCUCUGAUUGAGAUCCUAGUUACCAGAAAAAAUGAGGAAAUACAAGCCAUGAAUGCUGCCUACAGAGAAGGCUACAAGAAGUCUUUGGAGGACGCCAUUCAUUCAGACACAUCAGGCCACUUCUGUCGCAUCCUUGUUUCUCUCGUGCAGGGUGCAAGAGAAGAAGGGCCUGCAGAUGUGGAAAGAGCCUGUGCAGACGCUCAGGAACUUGCAGAUGCAUGCAAUGCAGAGUCUGAUGAGAUGGAGAUGAAGUUCAUGAGCAUCCUGUGCACCAGGAGCUUCCCACACCUCCGGAGAGUGUUCCAGGAGUUUGUCAAAUGCACCAACAAGGACAUUGAGCAGAUUAUCAAGAAGGAAAUGUCUGGCGAUGUCAAAAACGCCUUUUAUGCAAUAGUUCGCAGUGUGAAGAACCAGCCAUCUUACUUUGCAGACCGCUUGUAUGAAGCCAUGAAGGGACUUGGUACAGACGACAGAGCCCUGAUCCGCAUCAUGGUGUCCCGUAGCGAGGUUGACCUUUUCAACAUUCGCAAAGAGUUCAAAGAAACACACGACGUCUCCCUCCAUGAAUUCAUCCAGGUAGAGACUAUGAUCGGCGAUACCUCGGGAGACUACCGUAAAACCCUGCUGAUCCUCUGCGGAGGGGAAGAUUAAACCCGUCAUGCCUCUGCAGCUUUGUCUCACCGGCUCCAGUGGCCACAGGACAAGCGCGUUCACGCAGCCAAAACAAAUGUUGUCAACGUCAGUCUCUGUUCCUAACUGCUGCCACACCUCAGCCAAACCAAGUGUCCUACUAAACGAUGACCUUUCAGCGUUUCAAGCCAGUUUUAUUUUACUUUCUAUUUUUUUUUGUUUCAUGCCUUAGUUACCCCACCUGGGAGGGUGAUGUUUGUCUUUUUUACAGAUGUAACAUUAAGUUGUUUACAUCGGUGCGGAAAUAAGCUUCACAUGAAGAACAAAGACUAGUAUGUGCUAAUGCUGUGCCUUUAGAUUGUUGUCCGUCUAAUUGGAGCUGUGAUUUUAAAUAUACCCCAAUAAAACAAGUUCCACUAAAAAAAAAAAAAGAAAAAAAUGUGUUUUUGACUUUGUAAUAACAAACCACCCUUAUUUGUUGUUUGUAUUUCACAUUAUGUGUAGUUUCUAUUUUGGCAGGCCAAUCCUGUGUUUAGAAAUGUUCACAUGGAAACAUCAGAAAACACCCAGUCUAAUUCAAGGCCUUUCUGCCAAAAAUACCAGUAUGUCUUAGCAUCUGUUAGCACAAGUAAAAACAAUAUAACUAAAUACCAAGGUAUGCAUGCUCAAAAGUACAAAUUAACAACACAAGUUAAAUGAUAUUUUCUGCAUGGCCUUUAAAGCUAAGAUAGUGUUUCCUUUGCACAGAGGUGACAGCCGUCUCUGCUUUUGUGUCUCAGUUGGUUGCGUAUGUAUGAGCGCAGCUGUUGUCAAGCCAUUUUCAGUUAAAAGAGGAAAGCAGAAAAAAAAGAUGUAUGUGGCGAGGAAAUCCCCUGCAGUACGCCAAAAUCCAAGGCAACAAAUAAAGAGCAAGUCAGACACUUUGGUUUUAAUGGCACACCCAAAAUAAAAUUGUUCCAUUUGAUGAUAAUUACAAGAGAUUAUAAGAUAACUUCAAUAGCACUAUCAAUAUAUCAAUAUCUGCAUUGUUGUUGAAUUUCCCUUUUGAUUGAAGGGGAAGUUUUUUGUUUUUUUUCCCUUUUGGCACUGCAUGUGUUGCAUGAAUUAGACAGAUUGUAGUUUAAUAUUAUAAAAGCCCUUAUGUCCUCAGGGAAAGCUAUUGGUGGUGCAUAGCUGUUUACUUUUUAUCUGCAGCUUUGAUAGCUGUGAUGGCAUCACGAUACGAUCACGCAAAAGGGGCCAUACGCUUUACUGCAUGCUUGCAUGCCAUAUCGUGCACAUAAACAUUUAUUACUGAAAAACGAACAGCUUAGAUUGCCGAACGCUGUUUUCAGAAGAAAAUGUGUCAUACGUUCCAGGAGGUUCUGCAUUUUUCAGGUUUCUCCACGGGCAUCCAAGAUAGCAGCGGCAAUAAAGUUCCAAUAAAAGGGAUUUAAAUGUU